AUGGUGUCCUCUUCCGAUCCUUUCGUGUCUUCUAUAGCCAGAGCAGUGCUAUGGUUAUCCGUACGAUUUGCUGCUCGUGAUAAUCCUUCCCCUUCUUUAACACGUGAUUUCCUGUCGGGUUCAAUGAGAGGUAACUUCCAUCCAAGUCGCAUAAGAUACCGAACACAUUCACUGUGGACUCGUACUAGAUCAGCUUGCCGACGUUUAAACAUCUCAUUUGCGGUCCCAGAUAAUGAUGAGCCAGUAAUAUCAACCGAAACCAGUGGCCCCCGCCGUGCUAAAGCUGCGUGUUCUUUCCUACACCAUCUUGCUCAAGAACGUGCUUCCCAGAAAUUACUUGAUCUUCCAGACCUGGGAAAAACAGCUCGAGCUAUGACGAAAGACGCCUUCGCAAAUGGAUCAUCAUGGAUGUUCACUGGGUUCAACAUGCGAUUUAAAGACUGGCAAUUCAUCCACCAUGCUAGAAUGAAUGUCGCCCCAACCAAUAAGAACAUAUCCAAAUGGGAUGACCUCCAUUCCCCGAAAUGUCGAGUAUGCCAAUCCACUGAUGAAACUCUCCCUCACAUCCUAUGUCACUGCAAUAACAACAUGCUGCUGAUUCGUGAGCAACAUAAUAAGAUCGUCGAGAGACUGCGGAAAGCCAGCCGGUACGGAGAAGUGAGAGUUGACCAACAAGUUCCCGGUUUCAGUGAUGACUGUUGACCUGAUUUGGCAAUUUCCAGAGGAGAUGAUGUUACUGUGAUCGAUGUCACAUGCCAGUUCGAGAAUGGUGAUUCUGCCCUCGCGACUGCUGAUUAUGCCAAGGUGAUGAAAUAUCAAUCCGUCAAAACCUAUUUUCAAUCACUUGGUAAAAGAUGCAAUGUAUAUGGUUUUGUGAUUGGUUCUCUCGGUACAUGGCACCCAAAUAACGAAGCAGUAUCGAGAAGCCUCGGAAUGACAAGGAGAUACACAAAUCAUUGUUCC